GGAUCAGAGCGAAGCCUGCACCUCUACUGCAGGAAAUAAGGAGGAAGUCUGACUGUUGAGGCUCAACUUUCCAGUUUACGCAGAGUGACGAACGCUUUAAAAGUCUGGAAUCUAAAAGUCUGAUGUGUUAAAGAAAAAAUCAGAUUACAAGAAAAAAGAAGAAAACAGGUGGAGGACAAGGAGCUGUCAGCCUCAGAAAAUAACAUACCAGAACACAUCAAUUUAAGGUGAAGUGUCCAACACUGCAUCAUGAAAGAGACUACAGUUAUGAUGAUGAUCCUCUCAGGACUGUUUUACUUACCUGGCUAUUUUCCUCAUCUUUACCAUCUUGUUGAAUAUGGAAAAAGCUGGGCUGGAGCUCAGGAAUACUGCAGGAACAUGUAUACUGACCUGGCCACUGCACAUAAAGAGCAAGAUUUGGCCAAACUGAGGAAACUCACAGAAGGGCUUCAAAAUGUGUGGAUUGGACUUAUACCUGACACUGAAGCAUGGAGGUGGUCUCUGGAAAACCAGCAUUACUAUGGUGAAGGGGAGGCUGAGUUCAGGAUGUGGGAUGAUGGUGAACCCAAUGGUUCAGGACACCAUAAAGUCUGUGCAGCAAUGCUUGAAAAUGGGAAAUGGGCAGAUGUAGAAUGCAACAGCCAACUCCCAUUCUUCUGCUACAACAAAAACACAUCACGCUUCAUAUUUGUGAAUAUGAGUAAGGCCUGGGAGGAUGCUCAGAGCUACUGCAGGAAGAACUACACUGACUUGGUCAGUGUGAGAAACCAAUCUGAGAUUGAAGAGCUGAAAAAGAUAACAGUGAGUUCCUACACGUGGAUUGGACUAUACAGGAAUUCCUGGAAGUGGUCGGAUGGAACUGCACAGUCGUUAAACAACUGGGCUCCUGAUAAACCAUCCAAGAUACCCACAGAUGCAUGUGGGGCUAUAUUUGAAGGCAAAUGGGUCAACGAUGGUUGUGGUGUACAUUGGUACUUUGUCUGUUAUACUGCACUCAGGGAGAGGAAGGUGCUGAAGAUUAAGCUGAAGAAAACUGACCCCUCUGUGGAUAUGGAAGACCUGAAGGAGAAAAUCUUGGAAAAGUUCAGUCAGAGACUGACAGAGCAUGGCCUGAGUGGAGACUUCAAACUGCGAUGGGUGAGGCAGCCUGAUGGGAAGAAGCACAUUGAAGAAGAGGAGGAAGUGAAAGAGAAAGAGAUUCUUUUUGUGCAGCCCGCCUCCUCCCCAUCUCCACCUCAGACACCUCAGACAGAGCUCUGUUAAAACCUCAGUCUUCAUCUUCACCACCACCACCAGUGGGCCGUGUCCUAAAUCCUAUCUUCUGUUUUUUUACCUGUCCUGUCCGGCACUGCAGCAAUCAGAAUUAUUGUCUGAAGAAAAAUGCCCAACAGAUUUAUUUUCCCACAUGGACCUUUUGCUGUACUGGUCCACUUGAUUUUCAUAGUUUAUUAGGAUUUUGAAAAAUUGUUAUUAUUAUUAUUAUUUUAAGUUAUUACAAUCAGAACAGACAGGACCAGGGAACGGGAAAGAGAAAGGAGAAGGAAAGAGAGGUUGGGAAGAGAAUUAACAGAAGGAUAAAAAUGGAGGAGAAUAAGGACAGAGAGAAAAGACACUGAAAAUCUGCUUCAACAGCUUUUUGAAAUAAAGAUGUAUUGAUGAAAAUAAAUAUAAGCAGCCAAGUAAAUUUGUUUUUAACCAGAAAAUAUUUUAGGAAACUGUUUGUGAGCUGUCAAGGAUGAUGCACACAACCUAAUACAGGAUUUAACACCUGGCCCUACAGAAGGAAGAAAAGUGGUGUUGUGGAUGCAUAACAGUCUGACCAUCUUAAAUUCUGUUAGUCUUUCAUAUUCUGCUUGUGCUGUAAUGCUGAUGACUUAAAGACAGAAAUUAUAAUCCAGCUGCUGGUUGUUAUUGACAUUAUGUGUGAGAAUAAGUUAGAAUACAUAGAUAGCUCCAAAGGACUUACAAUGUCUUUCAUAUUUACUGACAGUCAGGAGAGUAGACUCAGAUGUUGCCUAAGAUGGCUUUUAUUUUUUGGAUUUCUUGAACAUACUUUAUCCCUUUGAGUUAUAUUUAGGAACACAUGUUCAUAUGGCAAUAUAAAUUCAUAGGUGGUAGUUCUAUGUUGUCCUUCUGCUUAGGAGCAUAGCUAUAUUGUAUCCAGUAGGUUGCACAUGCUUAUCCUGUGGCUGGUCAAGUUGAACCAAACUUGUUGCAUUAAAAUCACUGAAGUAA